AUGAACUUCCCAGAAAGACCACCACUGCCAACAGAUCUCUCGUCAGUUGACGUGUCUACAAUAGAUGAAAGAAUUCACCUUGAACAAAGCAAUUGGAUAUUCGAACAUGACUCGAAAGAGUACACCUAUGACUACUCCAAAGACAAAUGGAUCCCUCGAAAACGACAACUAGAUGAGCUAGAAGACGACAACGACAACGACAACGACAACGACGAUGACGAUGACGAUGAACAAGUCAACAAAUCACACAUCAAAAAAGCACGUACUGAACAAAUGUCUAAACUUAAGCAGAAACUAUCUGAACUCAAGCAAAAGAAAACCACCACUACAGCUGCAUUUAUAUCGAACCUUCCAGUAACCAUCACUUCGCAAGAGAUAGCCGAUUUGUUUAGUAAAUACGGUCUGAUUGCUCUUGACAAACAAGGGAAUCCCCGUGUCAAGUUAUAUACUGCUACAAAUACGCACGAGUUCAAUGGUCAGGCUUUGGUCAUAUACAACAAACCAGAGAGUGUAACUAUGGCUAUUGAUAUGAUGGAUGGAACAACCGUCAAAGACACGACAAUCAAAGUUGAACCAGCUACAUUCAGUGAAAAGCCAAAGAAAGACUACUCCAAUGAAAUAGAGUCAAUUAAACAAAAACUCAAACUGCGCCAUCCAGCCGUGGUCAUACUAACAGGAAUGUUUCGCAAGUCAGACUACGAUGAAACGCUACAACAAGAUAUAAUACUCGAUAUAAAUGAUGAAUGUGCCAAACUUGAUAUAAACAAUGAUGAUAUCCACUCGAUACAAUUCAUGCCAGAAACUGAAGAAAUUCAUAUCAAAUUCACCAAACAACAACUAGCUGAGAUAUGCAUCCAAUGUUUUAAUGAUCGAUGGUAUGAUGGGUUGAAAGUCGCCGCUAGUUUACAGCAGUAG